CGCAAAGGAUGUGAGCAGGAGUGGCACUCGGUGGGCUUUAAAUAGGAACCGUCUCCAAACUUUGGGACAACAGAGCAUCUGAAACCUUCCAGCAGCUCGCAGUGGAAGCCGCCGUUUUGAUCCAGGAUGGACGUCAACAGAAGACUUGGGAUGAGGGACACGGUGCUGGCGCUCUUGCUCACUGUCUUGCAGGGAUUUCCUCUGGGGGAAACGGCCCCGAACCCGUCACCUCUGGUAGGGUCCAACUGGGGGAACCCGAGGAGAUACGUUCACCUGCAGACGUCCACAGACCUCAACAACUUCUACUUGGAGAUCAGAUUGGAUGGCACCGUGCGUAAAACUACGGCCAGGAGUUCAUACAGUGUGAUUCUACUAAAAGCUGAAACCAGAGAGCGCAUCGCAAUUUUUGGCGUCAAAAGCAGCCGUUAUCUGUGUAUGGACCUGGAGGGAAACCCGUUCAGCUCUCCCACCUGCCUGAGGGACGACUGUCUGUUCAACCACAAGCUUCUGGAAAACAACCGGGACGUGUACUAUUCUAGCCGGACCGGCAUCCUGUUCAACCUGGAGGGAUCCCGACAGGUGUUCUCCGUGGGUCAGAACCUGCCCCAGACCUCCCUCUUCCUGCCCAAGAAGAACACGGUGCCGCUGGAACGCCUCCUGCUGCACAGGGAGAAGAGGAACCAGGUGGUGGACCCCUCAGACCCGCACAGCGUCUACCAGGGGCAGACCGAGGAGGGAUCGGACUCCCGGGCCGUGCAGGAGGACGACGCAGACUUGGACGUGGAGGUGGAAGUGGAGGUGGAGGCCGGGGACGAAGGGCGCAACGUGUCCCGGGAGACGCCGCUGGCUCCGUCUAACCACGACCCCUGGGGCGUUCACUCGUCCUACGCGGCCAGUCCCCGGAGCACCGGGACUAUGGGCUGAUUUACGAUCUGAGAGACCACUUUACCCUUCACUUACUCUGCGUGAGUGCAAUUUAAGCCUUAACAGCCACACUGACUUAAAAAUAGUAAUAUAUUUACCGUCGUCAAACAUUCAAAAAAGCAGUGUGUUUAAACACUGAAUGUACAAAAUAUUAGACUUGACUUGCAACCCCUUUUGCACAAUUUCUAUCGCCUUAAAGCUCAACCCCAGCUUUCCUCCUGCUGUCAAUUUGCUUCUGAGACUUUUGAAGAUUCGUUUAAUUGAAAAGAAACCUCUUUAAGAUGAUAAAUUAUUCAGAUCUUUUCCCCUAUCCAUAGUUCACACAGAGUUAGAGACGAGAAAACAGAUGAGAAAUGGUUUCCUUAAAGUGAGACAUAAAAAUAAUUAAAAUUUUUGCCGGGACCAAAAGUUUUGCGGGUUUUACAGCUGGUCUGAGAACCCGCAAGUUAAAGUGAUGCUGAUGUUAUCUUGAGACAUACCUCUGGAGGACUGUCCACUGAUGAGAAACCAGGGAGGUGCGACUUCAAAAUAAAACGGAAAAAUAUGUACAGGAAUAUAGCCAACGUUGCAUUUAAAGUUAAUUUUUAGCUUGUAUUUUGUUUGAAGUGUGUUAUUGUCAGUUAUAAAAAGUUUAGAUAGUGACUCCAUAAACAUUUCACUGCAGUUUUGUGUUGAUGUAAUAUAAUAAAACUCUUAUUUGUGUAUGUUUUCCACCAGUAAUCAAUCAUGACUUGAAGGAAUUUAAUCGCAGGGUAAAUCUGAACAGAGCAGAACUCCUGGCAUUGGAUCUGGACUCUUACAGGUGCUGGACACCACCAGCAAAACACACAAAUACACAUAGAAAACCGUCCCCAAGGGUAUUUAUUUAUUUAAAUCCAUUCCUUUAUUGUUAUUUAUGGUAUUUAUAAGGAUGCUUCACGGUUAAAAUGUACAUAAAUGAAUAAAACAAUUUGUCUUUGAAUGUAUGAGCUGGAGAUGUGGGUUGAGCAAAAUAAACAAAUAAAGGAAAUAUGUUCAGUG